GGGCCAGUCCCAUCCUACCUGAGCACGAGCGUGCAUACCCAGCCAUCAGUACUAUAAGGCAUUGGCUGGAGACGUGCGUCUUUCUAGUGUAUUUAAUCCACCGCUGCCGGUGUAUCAUCGCCUCCUGCCUUUGUCAAACUUGUAGAGAACCAUGGCUACUGAUCUAUCCAGAGACGAGAUCGAAGAGAUCAAAGACGUGUUCGAACUGUUCGAUUUCUGGGACGGUCGUGACGGUGAGGUCGAUGCCUUCAAGACAGGUCACAUGUUGUACUGCCUGGGGUUGAACCCAACCCUCGGCACCGUCAAGAAGAACGGAGGAACCGACAAACUGGGAGAGAAAGCCUACAAACUAGAGGAGUUUCUGCCCAUCUUCUCAGCUGUUUCUAAAGAAAAAGACACUGGCACCUUCGCUGACUUCAAUGAAGCUUUCAAGACUUUCGAUCGUGAGGGCCAGGGGUUCAUUUCAGCAGCCGAGAUGAGGCACGUCCUAACAUGUCUUGGAGAAAAACUCAAGGACGCUGAAGUGGACGAAAUCAUUCAGGCCACAGAUACCAGAGAAGAUUUGGAAGGAAACAUUAAAUACGAAGAUUUCAUCCAGAAAAUCUUGAAAGGACCAUAUGAAUAAGGUCACCACCCCCCUCAGGCAUUCAGAAACCAGACUUACUCUCUCAUCUCUUUAUCACUAAAAAAACAUUUUCCAAAGUUCAUUUUUCAAAAUUUGACGACAAAAAAGUAAAACACCUGAAAAUUUGGUCUCAUCUGGCUAGUGUUACAUAAGUUUCUGUACUUCUUGAAAAUUCUCUUCACAAUUUAAAAAUAGAUCAGUUUUCAGUUUAUUUUUACUACAAAAAGUUAAAGUUGAAAGCUAUGAUCUGUUGGCUAGAACCCAUGUGUGUGUGGAAGGUUUUGUCUUGUCUGUGUGAGGUCCAUGUGAACAC